AGAGGCGGUGCCGCCCGCCGUGGCUGCCUCAGCCCACCAGCUGGGACCGCGAGCCAUGCAGCCGGUCGCCCGCCCCCAGGGCUGUUAGAGCCAGACUGCGAACUCUCGCCACUGCCGCCACCGCCGCGUCCCGUCCCAUCGCCGCGGGCAGCAGCCAAAGCCGCCCCAACUGCAGCACAGAGCGGGCAAGGCCGGGCAGGCCAUGGGGCACUGGGCGCUGCUGCCCGGCUGGGUUUCCGCUACGCUGUUGCUGGCGCUGGCCGCUCUCCCUGCAGCCCUGGCCGCCAACAGCAGUGGCCGAUGGUGGUAAGUGAGCUGGUGCGGGGUCGCCACUUGUCUCGGGGCACAGAGCCAGGGGCCAGCCCCAUCCAGCUCCCACGCUCUGGGAUCCGUCCGCAGACCGGCUCCCUCCAGCGCUCUGACUUCCCUCUGAGACACCGAGGGGCGCUCUGGAGCGGAGCUGCUCCAGAGAAUCCAGCUCUGCUAAAGUGGGGUGAAUGGAGUGCCUGGUGGCCCAUUAUACUCCAGGCAGGGAGCCCACUUCCAUUUAGCACCGCCCUUCUUCCUUGAGCCCCAAACCGAGCCUCACGGUGGUAGCCACACCACAAGUCUCCCAGACUCGGCUAGCGGGUAGCGAAGGGCCAGGCAUGAACUCAGAAAGGAGACAAGAAGAGGGUGGGACCCCUAAGCAUUUCACGCCUUGGGUGGGCAUGCACUGUAGGCCAGGGUUUCCUAGCCCAGGCUGCUGGGAAGCAGGCUCUGAGAACCAAGGUGAACGUCUAGUCACCGGGUUCCCCAUGCCUCCGCUGUCCAGUCCCAGGCGCAGGAUCCCGAGCAGCCCUAAGACUCCUGGGCACAUAAAAGUCUGGACUCCCAGUCCUUUCAAACUAGUGAGCCCGGGAGCGCGGAGUCAUUACCUUACUAUUGAUCUCCCAUCUCUCUUUCUCGGGCCAAUAGCCCCAGGAAGAGGACAGGGUGGGCAUGACGUUUCUGGUUAGGGUGCACGUCUCCUUCCAGAGCUUGAGCUCCUAUCAUGCGUCUCACCAGGGGCAUCGUGAACGUAGCCUCCUCCACGAACCUGCUGACCGAUUCCAAGAGCCUGCAACUGGUACUCGAGCCCAGCCUGCAGCUGCUCAGCCGCAAACAGCGGCGGCUGAUCCGCCAGAACCCUGGGAUCCUGCACAGUGUGAGCGGGGGGCUGCAGAGCGCUGUGCGAGAGUGCAAGUGGCAGUUCCGGAACCGCCGCUGGAACUGUCCCACGGCUUCAGGGCCCCACCUCUUCGGCAAAAUCGUCAACCGAGGCUGUCGGGAAACUGCAUUUAUCUUCGCCAUCACCUCAGCCGGGGUCACCCAUUCGGUGGCGCGCUCCUGCUCGGAGGGCUCCAUCGAGUCCUGCACGUGCGACUACCGGCGGCGCGGCCCGGGGGGUCCCGAUUGGCACUGGGGGGGCUGCAGUGACAACAUUGACUUCGGCCGCCUCUUUGGCAGGGAGUUUGUGGACUCCGGGGAGAAGGGGCGGGACCUGCGCUUCCUCAUGAACCUUCACAACAACGAGGCGGGCCGCACGACGGUGUUCUCUGAGAUGCGCCAGGAGUGUAAGUGCCACGGCAUGUCCGGCUCGUGCACGGUGCGCACGUGCUGGAUGCGGCUGCCCACACUGCGCGCCGUGGGGGACGUGCUGCGCGACCGCUUCGAUGGCGCCUCGCGCGUCCUCUACGGCAACCGCGGCAGCAACCGCGCCUCGCGGGCUGAACUGCUGCGCCUCGAGCCGGAAGACCCAGCGCACAAGCCGCCCUCCCCUCACGACCUCGUCUACUUUGAGAAAUCGCCCAACUUCUGCACAUACAGCGGACGCCUGGGUACAGCGGGCACGGCGGGGCGCGCCUGCAACAGCUCGUCGCCCGCGCUGGACGGCUGCGAGCUGCUCUGCUGUGGCCGGGGCCACCGCACGCGCACGCAGCGCGUCACGGAGCGCUGCAACUGCACCUUCCACUGGUGCUGCCACGUCAGCUGCCGCAACUGCACGCACACGCGUGUCCUGCACGAGUGCCUGUGAGGCGCUGCGCGGGCUCGCCCGGAGGAGGGUUCUCCUCAAGCCCACCCCCGAACAGAUUCGCUGGCACCUGAGACCCUGAUCUGCGCCCACCCAGUCCCUCCAGCCACACUCCGCAAUUUAUUCGUACCCAAUCUUUUCUCCCACCUCCUCCUACCCGGGGACUCCUGAAACCACUUGCCUGGGGCGGCAUGAACCCUCUGGCCAUCCUGAUUGACCUGCCCCGGACCUACCUCCCUCCCUCUCCGCGGGAGACCCCUUGUUGCACUGCCCUCUGCUUGGCCAGGAGGUGAGAGAAAGAUUCGUCCCCUCCCCCAUCAGGGUCAGCUCCUAACAUGUUGCUCCGCUUCCACCGCGCCAGCGACCCCCCUGCCUCUCUCCCUCUCCUUUAUCCUCCGUUUCCUCCAGGUCUCAUUCUCCUGCCAAGGGUGCAGACCCUGAACACACACCUGGGCAUCAGGGCCUUUCUCCUCCCCACCUACAGCUGAAGAGGGAGGUUCCAGGGUGAAAGCGCAGCUGUGGUGAUGUGGAAAAUGAGGUUGGGGGACCCAACAGAAAUAUCCCCAUUCUCCCAGCCUCUGUCGUGGAGCCAUUGAACAGCUGUGAGCCAUGCCUCCCUCGGCAACCUCCUACCCCUUCCUGUCCUGCCUCCUCAUCAGUGUGUAAAUAAUUUGCACUGAAACGUGGAUACAAAGCCACGAGUUUGGUUGUUGUAAAUAAAACUAUUUAUUGUGCUGGGUUCCAGCCUGGUUUGCAGAGACCACUUCCACCCCAACCCAAUCCCUUGCCAUUCUUCUCUCCUUCUGCCCUCCAGCCUUUUCUGACCCCUCUUCUCCUCUCCUCAAUUUCUCAAAGAUGCCUUUGCCUACCGGAAUCAGUAUUUCCUUCCACUGUAGCUAUUAGUGGCUCCCCGCCCCCACCAACGUAGUAUCUUCCUUUGCAGAAUAAAAUCUCUAUUUUUAUCAAUGA